CGCUGUCUCCACACAUCACCUUGCUGACACACUCUGUUCGUUUUUGUACGGCACACAACACAACACACUCUCUAUCCCGUCGAAGCAAAAAUCAAAGACCAGACCGUUCCUGGAACCCAUUUUCUUCAGUUCAGAAGAUCAGAAGCUGCAGAGCGACCUAAAUUACCAUUUCCUUGAAGCUAAAUCGCAACUGUAGGCAGAUCAAAUGGCGGUGAGCGGCUGUUGUGCUCUCAUGGUUGCAAGUUUUCAUCUACUUAUGCUGCUUGGCAUCUGCCGGGGAGGCGCCGUCGGCGUGUGCUACGGCAGGAACGCCGACGAUCUCCCGGCGCCGGAGAAAGUCGUGCAGCUCGUCCUCCUCCACAACAUCAAACGAGUACGGAUCUACGACUCCAACAUCCAGAUUCUCAAAGCCUUCGCCAACACCGGAGUUGAGCUCAUGAUCGGAGUACCCAACUCCGACCUCCUCGCCUUCGCCCAAUUCCAAUCAAAUGCCGACACGUGGCUGAAGAACAGCAUCCUCCCCUACUACCCCGCCGCGAAGAUCACCUACAUCACCGUCGGAGCCGAAGUCACCGAAUCCUCCGGCAAUGUCUCCGCCUUGGUCGUCCCGGCAAUGCGAAAUAUCUUCACCGCCCUGAGAAAAGCUGGAUUUCAUACAAAGAUUAAAAUCUCCAGUACUCAUUCGUUGGGGAUUCUGUCCAGAUCAUUCCCGCCGUCCGCCGGCGAAUUCGGCAGCCGGCACGCCUUCUUUCUCCGGCCGAUGUUGGAAUUCCUCGAGGAGAACAAAUCGCCGUUCAUGGUCGACGUGUACCCCUACUACGCCUACCGGGAUUCGUCGACCAAUGUAUCAUUGGAGUAUGCCCUCUUUGAGGCCUCAUCCGAAGUCAUCGAUCCAAACACCGGAUUGCUCUACACGAGCAUGUUUGACGCACAGGUCGAUGCAGUCAAUUUCGCCCUAGCCGCUCUGAAUUUCCGAACCGUCAAAGUUAUGGUCACCGAGACCGGAUGGCCGGCUAAAGGGACCCCAAAGGAGACCGCCGCCACACCGGACAACGCUCAAACCUACAACACGAAUUUAAUUCGCCACAUCGUCAGUGACACGGGCACACCGGAGAAGCCGGGAGAGGAGAUUGACGUGUACAUCUUUUCGUUGUUUAACGAAAACAGGAAGCCAGGGAUGGAAUCUGAGAGGAACUGGGGUCUGUUCUUUCCGGACCAGACGAGCGUGUACAAUCUAGACUUUUCCGGAAGGGGUGCUGCCGACAUUCCUUCAACGGAUGCAAACAGCACCGGUAUAGGUAACAAUAACUCCAACGGGACCUGGUGCAUUGCUUCAACUACUGCUUCGGAGGAUGAUCUGCAGCACGGACUGGACUGGGCCUGCGGUCCGGGGAAUGUGGACUGCUCGGCUAUUCAGCCGAGCCAGCCUUGCUUCGAGCCGGAUAACUUGGCGUCGCAUGCAUCGUAUGCGUUCAACAAUUACUACCAGCAGAACGGGGCGACGGACGUCGCUUGCAGCUUCGGAGGAGCUGGUGUAAGAACAAACAAGGAUCCAAGCUACGACAAUUGCAUGUACGCGGCAUUGGCGAUGAAUAGAACGGGAGGUAGCAAUGUUACGACGACAGUAAUGUCGCCUUCGCCAUCACAGGCAAUGUCGUCGUCAGAGUCGAUAUCCAUGGCUGCUCUGCGGGGUUACUUGCUGACAGCCUCCUCCUCCUUGGCCUCGCUUACAUUAUUGUUAUUACUAUCCCUUUAGAGAGUAUGGGAGAAAUGCCAUGGAAGAAGAAGAAGAAGAAGAAGAAGAGCAGGGUAGACUAGAGUGUUUUAGAUAGCUAGCUAGCUAGCAAUUUAUAAUUGGCUUGGUUCCGUUUCCUUUCCCCAUUUUUGAUCAGCAGUAGUAGAGCAGAGCUAGCUAGGAGGAUAUGUGUGUGUGUUUAUGAAAACGAAAUAGCAAUUUUUUCAUGAUGAUUCGUAUAUGGACGGACACACACAAGAUUGGAAAUGUGCUUGUGUUUGUCAGUGUUUGUUAAUGUAUGUAUCUUCUGUAAAUUACUACUUA